AUGAUUGAAGUUUAUGAUGAUGUUUUGACAGGUUGGUUUGCAAUGAAUAUGGUGUUUAAUAAGAAGUUGUAUACAACAAAAUUGUUUACAGAAUUAUACAAGAGUCCUAGAUUGUAGACACCUUUAGAUUAUAAGUUGAUAAAGAAGAUGAAAGAGAAGAUAGAAUUAUAGAUGCAUUAAGGAGAUGUAAGAACAGAUAUAAGAAAGUUGAAUCAGAAGUAGAAGACAGGAUUAGACAUUCAUAUUCAUUAAAUAUCUAAUUUGCCUAAUAAUGGAGAUAAUUAAAUAGUAAUUCAAAUGAUAAAUGAUGGGAAGGUGAUUUAGGAUAAAUUGUUAAAAUUGUGUUAAAUAAAAUAAAACAUGAGUAUAGUGAAUGGUUAUAUAAGAGAUUUAAGUUUUAAUUUUAAUUUGAAUAAAGGAGAUGUACCUAAAAAUAGUUAAUUGGGAAUAUAUAUAAGUUAAGAGAAAGUAGAAUUGAGAUGGUGUAUAAUAUCUUUGUAUAGUUUGGGAAAGUUGAAAGAAGGGAAGGUAGAGAAGAAAAUGUUUAUGGGUCCAUUUGAUAAAACUAAUAAGGUAUCAAAUACUGAUAUUAGUUUGGAAAUAGAGUGAAAAAAAGAGUAGAGUUUGAAAAAUAAAUUGAAUAUAUUGUAAUUGAAUAAAAAUUUAAUUUUAAAUUAUAAUUUAUGGGCAGAGAUUUCAGAGGUGGAAGAGGAGAUACACGAGGAGGUGGAAGAGGAGGAGAUAGAGGAAGAGGAGCUCCUAGAGGCAGAGGAGGUGCAAGAGGUGGAAGAGGAGGUCGUAUGGGUGGAGCUCCAAAAGCCUUUGUUGUUCCUCAUCCAAGAUUAGCUGGAGUCUUUGUCGCUAAGGGAUAAUAAGAAGCUUUGGUUACUAAGAAUAUGGUACCAGGCGAAUCAGUUUAUAAUGAGAAAAGGAUUUCUGUAGAAGAUAAAUAAACUGGAGAAAAAGUAGAAUACAGAGUUUGGAAUCCAUUCAGAUCUAAGAUUGCAGCUGGUAUCAUUGGGGGAGUGAGUGAUAUUUUCAUUAAACCAGGCGCUAAAGUCUUAUAUUUAGGAGCUGCUUCAGGAACCACAGUUUCUCAUGUUUCAGAUAUUGUUGGAUCAGAAGGUACAUAAUAUAUAUAAUAUAUAAUAGGUGUCGUUUAUGCUGUUGAGUUCUCUCAUAGAUCAGGUAGAGAUCUUGUUAAUAUGGCUAAAAAACGAACAAAUAUAGUUCCUAUCAUUGCUGAUGCCAGAAAACCUCUUGAGUAUAGGAUGCUAGUCGGAAUGGUUGAUGUAGUAUUUGCUGAUGUAGCUUAACCAGAUCAAGCCAGAAUUGUUGGUUUAAACUCCCAAUAUUUCUUAAAGAAGGGUGGUCAUUUCAUGAUCUCCAUUAAAGCCAAUUGCAUUGAUUCCACUAAUAGAGCUGAAGUCGUAUUUUAACAUGAAGUUUAAAGAUUGAAGGUAUCCAAGUAUUCUAUUAUCUUCGCAGGAUGAAGGCCUUACACCCUAAGAAUAAUUGACUCUAGAACCAUAUGAAAGAGAUCACGCUAUCGUUAUUGGAGUAUAUAAUGUUUGAC